CAAAAAUGAAUUGUUGCAUUUGCCAGUUUUCUGUGCGUGUUUCAAAAAAUAUACAUACUGAAACAGUAGGACGCCCGCCAGUUCUUCUCAGUGAACUGGUUCUACAGUGCACAAAGGGCACAAAUUACGAGCUAAGCGAAGAGGCGUCGACGAUAUGCAAAAAAUGCUGUGAGAAGUUGAAACGGUACCACAAGUCAAUACAAAUCGCCAGGAAACUGCGUCAAGAGAUCUUGGAGCUGAUAAACAGUCCCUUUACCACAAAGAACCUGAGAAGGGUGCCAUCGUGUGACAUCCAAGUGGAGCGCAUCGACAAAUUCGAUGCCCAUAUAGAAGUGAGCGAAGCUGAGGAAGAGGAAUACUUGGACAAUGAAACAGAGACAGUCGAGGAUACCUCAAUCACAGCGGAGGAUGAGGGUGAAGAGCAUUCAUUCAUUUUGAAGGAUGCGACUGUCAUAGAGGAGGACGAGCUUCAGUCGGUCGACCUAGAGCUAGAUAUUGAUAACGAGAUCAUUAUAAAUGAUGAGGAGGCCUUGGAAGAAGGGGAAGUGCACCUCAAGGAUGAAGCUGAAGCAGAAGCAGGCGAAGCCGAACUAUUCAAGGAGGAGACCAUGAGUGAAUUUGACGACCACUUGGAGAACACAAUCGAGUUUUUAGACUCGGAUGUCGAAGAUGACCAAGACCAAGACAGCUCGGGCGACUACACCGUAAAUAUUCAGUGUCCGAGUUGUCCCGAGAAGUUUGGCAGCCGGCGCGGCUACAAUGCCCACACAAAGCGCGAGCACUUCCCGGGGUACGUCUGUGAUCAGUGCGGGAAGACCUUGCAAUCGUAUUCCGGCUUCAUUGGGCACCUGCAGAACCACGAACCUGUCAAACAGUUUGCCUGCCCCGAGUGCCCCGAACGCUUCAGUCGAAAAUUCCGGCUGAAACAUCACAUGGCCUGGCACACCGGAGAGACGCCCUACCAGUGCGAGGUGUGCUCCAAGCGCUUUGUCCAUAAAGUGGCCCUCUACAAGCACAAAAUGAUUCACGACAACGAGACGAAGCGGCUCGAGUGCCAGGUGUGCGGAUUCAAGACCCGAACGAAAGCCCACUUAGAGCGGCAUAUGCGGUCUCACACCGGCGACAAGCCUUUCGCUUGCCCAUUGUGCAACAAGCGUUUCUCCCAAAUGUACAACAUGAAGGCCCAUCUGCGGGAGCACGAGAGUCCUGGCACCAACAGACAUCGGCGUUUCCACUGCCCCAAAUGCACCCACACCUUCAUCAACGAACAGAACUACGUGACCCACGUAGAGCGCAAUGACUGCACCGCCGUUUAGGGAUCAGAUCGAUUUCAGCUUCACAUAUUGGUUCUUUACUUCGAGUUUCAUUUGGAUUUGGAUGUGAGAGGCUAACAUCAGCGUCAGGAUGGGACAUGACAUCCUGACAUGCUGAUACGCUGACAUGGGACAUGCUCAUCUCCCCAUGCGCAUCUUAUGUCCAGUUCGAAUGAAAUCGUUUCGAUUAUGUUCUAUCCAUGUAAUUUUUUUAUUAAAUCUAUAUGCAUUUCACAAAUAAAAUAUG